AUGCUCUACUCCAAAGGCGCCCCUGGAAUCUUUCUGCUACUCGCAAAACCCAACUUCACCACUCGCCCCAGCGUCAUUAUGCGUGACCGGGACCCAGACACUGAAGCAAGGGUAUCAGAAGCAUUCCUACAGAGUCCCAGUAAUAUAUUCAGGUUAAUGCCUGUCAGCCUUAUGCAAAUGAUCAUCGAGAAUUUACACAUAAUCGAUGCACUCCAUUUCGGGCUUACUUGCACCGACGCUUGGUGCGCAGUAUGGCCUACCCUCAAGAAGUUCAGCCUCAGUUCUCUGGGUACCUGGGCGGGUACACCCAUAUUCUGCGGUGCAGAGGGAACAAUGGAGUUGGAGAGCAUUGAACCGCCUGAGCUGCCUACGGGAGACCGGUACGUGCGGAGAGUAAACAGACUGCUUGAAGGUCGGUCAGUCGAUAGGAUUCGUCUGAGAAGGCGAUCCGCACUCGCACAGAUGAACGGCCAGCGAGAUGGGAUCCCAGACCGACCAACAAUGAAUCCAAGCCAACCGGCUGGCCUUGCGGGUGGCUUUGGGGUAUUGGAUGCCGUAUUUAACACGUCAUCGCGUAACCGGCAGAAUGUCAUAUCGAAUCGCGUACCAAAUGGCCAACGGAAUGGCCUAUCGAAUGGCCAACCGAAUGGGACCAGCCCAGAAGGGCCGUCACAGCCGGUCAUGGGCCAUAUGAACGCCGAUAUGCCGGGUCGGACAAAUGGACAUAGUAUUCAUCAUGGGCAGCCGAACACAGCUCCUAGGUCGAGAUCUUCGGAACGUGCUCAACAGCGAGUCAAUGUGAGCUACUCAGACCUGUUUAGUACAUUUGAUGGGAAUAAUCCAUUUGGCAAUCAUCCAAGCCAGCCGCAUGGGGUUGCCCAUCUUCAUCCGAACGGUAUCCCUUCGAACCAUAGAGUCCGUGCAGAUGGUGUUGUUUCAGCCCGACAGAAUUAUAGGGAUGAACUUCGACGAGAUCAAAGGACCCGCCAAAUUUUGCUUGAAUUAAGGAAUAUGUCCAAUGGAGCGAACAGGACAAACGAGACAAACGGGACAAACGAGGUAAACGGGACGAACGGGGUGAAUGGAGUGGACAGAGUAAAUGGGAAUGUUCCAGUACACCCAUCGGGCUCUGGCGCACACCGGACAUUGACGAGAAUAGAAUCACUUCCAAUCUUCGUUCAUCAGGCCUGGGCCUUUUUCAACCAGACCAGAGAUGUAAUCAAUGACUGCUUACCUACCGAUCUCCUUAUGCCAGCCAAUGCAUAUAUCAGGACUGGCGCCUACUACCCAGUUGACCUGUUGACUAUCAUUAACCCUUGUCCAGCGAGCCUCUACCGCACCGAGCCCGGUGACGAAUGGGUCCUUAGAAGCCUGACGGCGCGCCAGUACGUUCGCUCAACCACCAUUGCUUUGCAUCCUGGAUACAUCAAAGGACCGUUCAUCAUGGGCAUCGGCUUUGGCGAAGUCGUCUUCGCCAUGACCGUGUGGACUCAUACGAGCAGGGGCCGCUGGGCUGGUCAUAGCCUAGAUAUCAUUCUUCUAAGCCAACUAGAAGAAGAAGAUGGCGGAAAUUGGGAGGACGUAGGAGACUAUGUCAGGCGGUUCAUUCACGAGUCCUUCCGGGUGCAUUAUGGGGAGGACUGGGAGGAAGAGGCUGUGAAGCUUGCGUGGUAA